AUGAAGUGCAAUGCUUGCUGGGGGGAGUUGGAAGGGCAAGCUAUAUCAACCACCUGUGGUGCAGAGGAUGCCAAGAAAAUACUCAAUAAUGAUGGUGCAUGUCCAAUUUGUGAUCAGGUGCUCUCAAAAAGCCAUAUGAAACCUAUGGAUAUAAAUCCAAGUGACGAUUGGACAAAUAUGGCGAUGGUUGGAAUAUCCCCACAAAUACUUAUGAAGAGUGCGUACAGAAGCGUAAUGUUCUACAUUGGACAAAAGGAACUGGAGAUGCAGUACAAGAUGAACAGAAUUGUCGGUCAAUGUAGGCAAAAGUGUGAACUUAUGCAGGCAAAAUUUACUGAGAAACUGGAAGAAGUCCAUACCGCAUACCAGAAGAUGGCCAAAAGAUGUCAGUUGAUGGAGCAAGAGAAUGAAAACUUGAACAGAGAUAAGCAGGAGCUGCAAGAAAAAUUUGCUGAGAAAUCCAGGCAGAAGAGGAAGCUUGAUGAGAUGUAUGACCAAUUGAGGAAUGAAUAUGAGUCGCUGAAGCGUUCAGCCCUUCAACCUGCAAAUAACUAUUUAGCAAGACCUCAGCCAGACCUGUUCGCAGGUAUGUCCAACAUGAUGGAUGGUGGCAACCAUCUGAGACAAGGAUCGGUUGAUCUUCCUAAAACUCCAGGGCAGAGAGAUGAGGGCUGGGGUCCACCACCAAGGCAACGUCACUCCACCUCCGGUCCCUUUGAGCUGUCUACGGGGUCUCCUGGCCAUGCCAUGGCUCCUCCGGCUGAUAUCAGGCCCAGACAGCAGACACGGCCCGUCCUCGGAGCUACAAUGAACAAUCCAUCCAGCGCCCUGCGAAACUUCAUAAUCUCGCCUGUCAAGCGUCCCCAGGUGUCCCGUAACCGCCAACACAUAUUCACGUAA